AUUUGACACAACAGUAUCUUCUCUGAUAUUUCACCAUGAAGUUCAUCGUAUUCCUGGCAAUCGCUCUGGCUUUGGUGGCCGUCGUGGUGCAGGCUCAGCCCGUUCCCGAGGAGGAUCACAUUCCAGCGGAACAUCCUUUGGUUGAACAGGAGGCCCACAGUCGCCAGAAGCGGGCCACCUGCGACCUGCUCUCCAAGUGGAACUGGAACCAUACCGCCUGUGCCGCCCACUGUCUUACCAAGGGGUUCAAGGGAGGAUAUUGCAGCGACAAGGCCGUCUGUGUUUGCCGCAACUAAUUUAGUUGUCAUGUGUAACAUCCGAAAUGUAUACAACAGAAUGAAAACCGAAAUAUGUAAAAAUUGUAAAUAUUUUAAAAAUAAACGGUUUAUUUAAUCAACCUA